AACUUAAAACUCUCGCUCGCUCUCUCUCACCUAUCAACCUUAAACCUCCAAGAACCACAAAGACCAUGACAUUUGCCACUGCCAGUUUAACUCCAAUAUUCACCAACUGUUUGAUUGCUUCUCGAAUAUGGACACCCAAUUGGCGAAAUGGGUUUGUUUCCCCUGUUACUCUGUUGCAUACAUUAGCCUCAAGUCGUAGCCGCCUCCUCAAGAACAAGAAUCAAUACCAAGACUUGGUCUUUUCUUCUUGCAGCAGAGGCUUCAGCUGUCAGUCCACUGCUUUGUCUGAUGUCAAUUCACCUUCUCACACUGUUUCCUCAAAUGGCCAUCUUAUGUAUGGACGCUUGCUGCCAUGCCCCUUGCAGAAUAGCCCACCAAGAGUCGAGCAUCUUGUCGUCACAAAAGAAGGGCCUGUUCUAGACUAUAUUAGUAAAGCUUUGGAUCUUCCUCCAUUAUAUGUGGAAGAUCUUAUACAGUUUGGGGCUGUGUAUUAUGCGCUUGUAUGUCCUAAGCCACCUCCGACUGCCACUGCUGAGCAAAUUAAAGUGUAUGAAGAAGUUACAGAUCCAUCAGUUCUGAGAAAGCGAACUUCAAUCAAAGGAAAAACUGUACGUGAAGCUCAGAAGACUUUCCGUAUAACUCGUGCUGAUGAGAUUGUUGAAACUGGAACUUAUUUGCGGGUGCAUGUACACCCUAAACGCUUUCCAAGGUGCUAUGAAAUUGACUGGAAAUCUCGUAUUAUUGCUGUAACCGACGACUAUGUUAUUCUGGACAAACCUGCUGGUACAUCUGUAGGAGGAACUACAGAUAACAUUGAAGAAAGUUGUGCUACAUUUGCUACUAGAGCAUUAGGAUUUUCAGCUCCACUGCAGACUACCCAUCAGAUUGACAAUUGCACUGAAGGAUGCGUUGUGCUAGCUCGAAGCAAGGAGUACUGUUCCGUAUUUCAUGGAAAAAUCAGGGAGAAGAAGGUCAAAAAGCUUUAUCUUGCGCUGGCUGCUGCUCCUGUGCCGUUCGGAAUACUUACACACUACAUGCGUCCUAUUAAUAUGGCCCCAAGACUUGUUUCUGAAGAUUUUGUGAAAGGAUGGUAUUUGUGCCAACUUGAGGUUUUAGA